AUGCGUUCUCUCCGCGCCAAUCGCCUCUCUCUGAGGCCUGUGCCUCGAUUCCUCUCCACGUCUUCAGCUUCAUCUACCCUCCCCAAGCCCGCGGCGCUGAGCUCCGUGCUCAUUGCCAACAGAGGCGAGAUCGCAAUCCGAAUCAACAAGACCGCGGAGCGCAUGGGCAUCAAGGCCACCACCGUAUACACAGACGUCGACGCCAACUCGUGGCACGCCUCGUCCGGCUUCCAGUCCUUUGGCCUGGGCCCGGCAAACGGCUACCUGGACGGCGAGAAGAUCAUCGCCCUGGCCAAGAAGCACGGCAUCCAGGCGCUACACCCGGGCUAUGGCUUCUUGUCCGAGAACUACAAGUUCGUCGAGCGGUGCGAGGAGGAGGGAAUCGUCUUUGUCGGCCCGCCUGCCACCGCAAUGGCUGACAUGGGCAACAAGGCGCGAAGCAAGGAGAUUAUGAAUGCGGCCAACGUGCCUUGCGUUCCUGGAUACCACGGCUCCGAGCAGGGCGAAGCUGAAUUGCUAGCAUACGCCAAGGAGAUCACCUUCCCCGUCCUGCUCAAGAGUGUGCGAGGCGGAGGUGGCAAGGGCAUGCGAAUCGUCAUGAAGGAGGAUGAGUUCCUCACCCAGCUCAAGAGCGCCAGAGCCGAGGCCAAGGCUUCCUUUGGAGAUGGCGGAGAGGUCAUGCUCGUCGAGAAGUACAUUGUCCGCCCGCGACACGUCGAAGUCCAGGUCUUCGCCGACAAGCACGGCAACACCGUCGCCCUUGGUGAGCGAGACUGCAGUGUCCAGCGACGACACCAAAAGGUUCUCGAAGAGUCUCCCGCGCCUGAUCUCGAUGAGGUCACCAGACAAGAUCUCUGGGACAAGGCAAGGAAGGCCGCCGAGGCCGUGGGCUACGUCGGUGCCGGAACAGUCGAAUUCAUCCUCGACAAGGACAGCGGCAAGUUCUACUUCAUGGAGAUGAACACGCGGUUGCAGGUCGAGCAUCCCGUCACUGAGAUGGUCACCGGCCUGGACCUUGUCGAGUGGCAGUUCCGCAUCGCCGCCGGCGAGAAGCUGCCCCUGACCCAGGCCGAGGUCGAGGAGCAGAUGAAUCAGCGAGGCGCCGCUAUUGAGGCCCGUAUCUACGCUGAGAACCCCGAGAAGGGCUUCAUGCCCGAUUCAGGCAAGCUCGUCCACGCCGUCCUUCUGGAUGCUGCCAAGAACGAUCCCGAUAUCCGUCUCGACUGGGGCUUCGGCUCCGGCAGCGUCGUCUCCGAGGCGUACGACGGCAUGAUUGCCAAGCUCAUCGUCCGAGGCGACGACCGCGAGACGGCCAUUGCCAAGCUCGCCUCCGCCCUGCGCAACUUUGAAAUCGUCGGUCUGAGCACAAACGUCGAGUUCCUCAAGAGAAUGUGCGAGUCCGAGGCGUUCAUUGCCGGCGACGUCGAGACCGGCUUCAUAGACAAGUGGAGAGAGGAGCUCUUCAAGCCCAGACGCAUCAACAACGAGGUCUUCGCCCAGGCUGCCCUCGGCGUCCUGAGCAACCAGCUGCAGAACAUCGGCUCCAGCCCGCACGGCCAGUCGCUCGGCUUCGGCAACACAAACUCGACCAGCGAGCGCAAGCUCGCCUUCAAGGUCCUCGACGGCUACAGCGAGAAGGAGGGCGAGAUCGUCGAGGCCGCCGUCUCGCAGACCGGCCACAACCUCUACAGCGUCACCAUCUCCCGCAAGGGCGAGGAGCCCCAGCUCUUUAGCAACAUCAUCAGCGAGCCUACCAUUGAGGGCGAGGUGACCAAGCUCAAGUCCCGGUUCCCCGCCGAGAGGAUCGAGUCCACCGUCGUUCCCCAGGAGAACGGCACAGAGACCAAGCUGGCUAUCUUCCAGCACGGACUCAAGACGGAUUUGGCCCUGCUGCCGCCGUCGUGGUAUGAGAAGGCACUGGGUCUGAAGGAGCUGACUGCCUCUGUGGCAGCACCGAUGCCGUGCAAGAUCUUGAAGAAUGAGGUCACUGAGGGACAGACUGUGAAGAAGGGCGAACCGCUUGUUGUCAUCGAAUCCAUGAAGAUGGAAACAGUCAUUCGAUCGCCGCAGGACGGUGUCAUCAAGAAGCUCGCUCACAAAGAAGGAGAUAUCUGCAAAGCCGGAACCGUUCUUGUCUUGUUUGAAGAAGACGCUAGCAAAGAGGAAUCAUCAUAA